GUAUUUCUGCCACGGAACGUGGGAAUCUGCGCUACGUUAGCGGUUUGGGGGCACCGAACGUGUGUAAAGUUUGGGGAGGGGGAGAAAUUGUGUCAUGUGGUACGACAGAGGCUGCUUGCCCGUCGGUCCGCUCUAGUGGAGCGGAUAGAUACAUAAUUACAGAAUGUAAAAACGACGUCGCGAGAUGAGCUCAACUUGCCAUGUGUUAUCAUUUCCAUGGGGAUGACGUCACGCAGUCCUUGACGCCCGUGCGCGCGGCUCGCGCUGAUGAGAUAACGGGACUGUGACACACUGCGCGUUUCGCAUGCACACUAGCUACACAGGAGCAGGUCAUCGGUUUAUAAUGCGUUUUAAAGGGAAAAUCACAGUCCAUUCUCGUUAGUUAUUAAUUACGUAGCAGCCUGUGAGUUGUUGUUUUUCUCUUUAUACAUAUGUAUUACAUAAACGGCAGAGAGCAUCGCAAGGACUACGUCGUCAUGAGAAAUGAUUGACCGAUGACGUUGUUUUUCUGAAAUACUGUAACAAUGCAUGCUCAUAUGUAAAUCUGUUUAACAGUUUAACCCUGAGACCCAUUUAUAUAGAUGAUGUAUGUUAUCUUUUUCUCGUUUAAAGUGGUUUUAGAAAGCUAUUAGUUAUAAUAAUCGUUAUUUUGUUUUCGGGUUAAUUUUGAUAUUGCAGAACUGUUGGGCUUUCACAACUGUUUACUAUGCUUUUGGGGCAUGUUGUCACAAAAAGGCCAGUGUGUUUAAAGACAUGCAUUCAUGUCAGAGCAGAUCCUGGGAUAUCCGUACGCCUUGCUUACUCUCGGUCAAGUACCUGAAAUUGCAUAUUUAGAGACCUGUACUGAUGUCCCAAACAAUUUGGAGUAGUUUGUCUAUGAUUUACAAUUUUUUCAGUGUUAGCAUACAGUUCAGAGGGUUAAAUAAGUAGUUUUUACUCAUAUUUACUAAAAUAAGUGUGUUAUUAAAUUGCAUUGAUAAAGUACUGCAAUGUACCUACUGUACAACAUUUAAAAUAAGCACUUCUAAUAAUCUCUAUGUGUUUAAUAUUAUGCUAACCUACAACAUUUACUACUGACCCACUAAAAAUAUUGUUUGAUAUUCUACUUUUUGGGAGACUUUGGUCAGUUCUGAAAUCAGGCUCUUAAAUAUUCAAUACUUUGCUAUGUGUGCAUUUGAUGCAAAAGUAGGGCCUCAAUAUCCUUGCUGAAUCUGGUGGUUAUAUUGUAGGCCACACAACCUUAACAUCAAGCCAAUGAAAACUCAAAAGAACUCUUGAAAUGACACACCCUUAGCUUUUCCCGUCUCUCCUGACAGGGACUUUCCUAUGAGUUUUCAGACUGAAAGGAGUCCUGAACUCUGAUACACUUUGACUAAUAAAGAUCAGCUCAAGUCUGGUUUGAGCUAGAUUGGUUUCAAAAUAGACUUUGUGGUGUAAUCAGUUUUGAUUCUUUGCUUGUCAAGUGGAGGCAUAAAGUAUAACUGAAAAGUCACUAAAAGCAGGUAACAAGUAUUCCUAAAAGUAACCUUUAUAUGUGCUUUUUAAACUAGGUUCACUCUUUUAACAGUAAUGUCUUCAGAUCGGAGUUACAGCUGCCUCAAAACCGAGGCGAUGACAAAAUCACCGUGGCAACCCUGUGUUGGUGCACAGGCAGCACUGUGACUCUAACUUGCGAUCUCCUGACCUCUGUGACCUUUGAGUCGAGAUGGCGACCCACCGAAAGCACCUGGUCCGAGAUUUCAACCGAUAUAUCACCUGCUCAAUUUGCCGUGGGUACCUGAUAAAGCCCACCGCUGUCACAGAAUGCCUGCACACUUUUUGUAAGAGUUGUAUCGUUCAGCACUUUGAGGAGAGUAAUGAGUGUCCGGAAUGUGGGAUACAAGUCCAUGAAACCAACCCUUUAGAGAUGCUGAGGUUAGAUAAAACACUGGAGGAGAUCAUCUUCAAGCUGGUGCCUGGGCUAAGAGAGAAGGAGGAACAACAGGAAAGUGAGUUUUGGAGAAAAAAUAAGAUCAAAUCAAACGGAGAAGAUGGCCCUAGGGCUAAGAAAUCUCGCCUGAGUGAUGAAGAGGACGAUGAUGGGAAAGCUGGAGACUACCACAGGAGUGAUCCUCAGAUCGCUAUUUGUCUGGACUGUCUACGAAACAAUGGCCAAUCAGGAGAAAGCAUAGUUAAGGGUUUAAUGAAGAAAUUCAUCCGUUGCUCCACUCGUGUUACAGUGGGAACCAUUAAGAAGUUCCUCUGUGUAAAAUUGAAGCUGCCAAGCUCUUAUGAGCUCGAUGUUUUGUGUAACGGAGAGAUCAUGGGCAAAGACCACACCCUGGAAUUCAUCUACCGCACUCGCUGGAGACUUCAGGGUGACAGUGUAAGUGCAUAUGCUUACCCCAUGGUUCUCGAGUACCGCCCAAGGAUCGACUUUGGUUAAACAGCACUUACGGCUUUGCGGAAAUCUCAUGCAGACUGAUGUCAAGAGAUCAAAAAGCAGAACAAAAAGCAGAAAAACUGAAUGAUUGUGCCUCCGUUGAAAGACAACAACACAAAGCCCAUGACUGACAGGACUGCUCUCUACUUCCUGUGCACUGCUUCAGCCUCUACUCCUCCAUUCCUCCCUCUUUCAAUUUCCUGUUUGACAGUUGUGGCUCCACCAACUGGCACUGUAUCAAGUUUAUAGAUUAUAUUCCUCCAAAAGCUUUCUCUGCAUGUUGUCUCUAUGAUGACGACUUAGCCUAGAGUGGCCUGUUGGGAUUAUCUGAUAGCAAUCUAGCACAGACGGUAAGCUAAAACUCAUCGCAAAGAUGCAUCCCGACCAGGUGACAGGAGUGAGGAGAAAUGGAGACAUUUUUAAGAUGAAGUCUCACUAGAUUUUAGAUUGUUUUAUUAGGCGAUUUUAUCCAAGAGUUUGCACUAGAGGCAAAUCCAGAUGUCUCGCUGCAUUGUUGCUGUUCUGUAUUACCUUUCCUUUUGGUUACUUUUCUCUCUUACUCUCACCGCCCACAUUGUCCCUCAUAAAUUCAGUGACUCUCUUUCAAGUCAUCAAUCUCUCCCUUUCGUUCGCUCACACACACACAAACUCACUCUCUCUUUCUCAGCCUCUUUCCAUCUUCCCUCAGACUCUCUCAUUUUUCUCCAAUGGUGUUUUUGGCUCUGGUCUGAAGUAUUGAUGGAUCUCAUUCAGUUGGAAUUGAAUGAGAGCGCUGUAGAUGUCCCAAAUAACAGCAUUGAAAGGCACUCUGGGUAAGCGUUUUCCCUUCACAUAGAGCUAUGGCCAAGUCUUACAUUCACCCAAACUAGAUCAUUAUCUUGAUAGAAUUGAUAUAACAAUAACUGAUGCCAGAUAUGCUUAAUGCAGUAAUCCACUGAGAAAUCUCAUCUUUAAAAACAGUUGAAUGGGGAAUGACUGAAGUGUGCCAGCUGCAUCUCUCUAAGAGCAGCUUUGUCUCACAGGCUGCUAGUUGUAAACAUUCUGUUGUUUCCUGUUUUAAUCAGACACAUAUUUAAAUGAGAUAAAACAAUCAAAUUCACCUCAACAGACAUUUGAAUUUUAAAAUCAGCACCCGGAUUGUUAAUAAUGCACGUUUAACUGUGUAUUUUGAGUGUUGUGCAGCAAAUUAAGGCCAUGCAUUUUAUGCAGUUUGUGAUGUCUGCAAAAACAACUGUGCAAGGGACAUGCAAAAAAUACAUUUGGUUACUUCCACAAAGUGUAAGAAAAGUCAAUAUCUGAUAUUUCUCAAUGUGCUUCUCUACUACACAACAUGGACAUGUUUGUGAGGAGAGAGUUUGAGAUUCAAAAAUCAUGUUUUAAAUAUUCUAGUUAAGAGUGUUAUUUUGGAGCAUUAGUUCAGAUAAGGUCAGAGGUUAACUUUCUAAGUUUGUUUACAUGACAAUGUUAAUCUUUAAUAUGUAUGUGUAGUAGAUAGGAAUAUUCCAUUUGAACAAGUAAUUACAAGAAAGAAGUGAAGACCAAACUGAAAAAGUUGCCAAACUGAUUUUAUGCACAUUCCCAGAAUGCAUUUUGAGAAUUAAGGGUUCAAAACAUGGAGCUUUUCCAAUCCAGAUUAUAUGAUGGUACUCAACAUAGAACAGAAAUACAUGAAUUAUUAUUAAGUGAACCUUUGUUUUGGAUAAUCUCAGGGGAUGACACCUGGUGAAAUGAGGGUUUGUUAAAUGUUUUCCAUUUCAGUUUUGGAAUCAAGGAAUCAUAACAAUGGGUUUUAGAAAUUAGAUAGUCACUGCAGUGCUGGAAGUCAAUACAGUUAAUCAAAAGAUACAUAUAGAAUAAAAAUGAGACUGAUUUUCUUGGCAACACCGUUUUCAGUGGUCUGUAUUCAUAUAUCAAUAGUGGAAAUAUAUUUGUCUAAAUGUUUCUUAUGGCAAGCUAAAACUUCAUGUUAUACCAACAUGAUCUGUUGUACUGAAUCUUAAAAAUCAUCUGCACUCUGUCAGUUCAUUGGAAUUCUUGAUGUUGUUUAGGACAAAGGCCACUGGCUGCUUUCCAAAAUCCAAUUCCCUCCCCUCUUAAGAAAACAUGCAAAUCAAAUAUGAAGUGUCUUUGAACUCUAAUUAUAAAUACAAUGUAUUUUUGUAUGUUGAAGCACUUAUGUAUAUUUGAACAUGUAAUCAAAAGAUUUUGUCAGUGCUUGUCUUUUUCCUAAUAGAUGAUGCUGCUUGGGGUAAUUUAUUCUUUUUUUUAUACGUCCCACCGCCUGCUAUGUGUUCCCCUUGUAAAUGUUCGCACUGUACAUGGAAAGCUUCCUAAUGCUGUUCAUGACCUAUUGUUAUUUAAUUAAUGAACAUUAAAAUAUUA